UGUUGACAGCAGAAGUAACUUUACAGAACUCAACACAAAGUUUAUUCUCCAGACCCAACUGCGCAGACGCGUGCGCGUAACUCGGAUGGGUUGAAACAAAACUUCUCCUCACUUUCACAGAAUCAGGAGCAGAGAUGCACAGAGAGAGGACGCGAAUAUUACCGCAACUACAUCUCAACUGCGAUAUAAUGCAGAACCGGCGCUGACAUGCGGAUCUGAGCUGCGCAAUAUUGAGUUUUACGCGUUUUUACGCAUGGCGCACAGUGAUCCGUCAUCUACAGGUGGACUAGUUGAUUAUCGGGGAUCGAAAGACUGAACUAUAUGUGAUCUACUUGUGAGAUGAUCAGUAACUAUAUCGCAGGUUGGGUGGGAGUAACGUGACAUGAUGAAGGUGUUCUUCAUACUGUGCGCGGCGCUUCUGGGCAGCUGCAGAUGCGCACUGAGCAGCAGAUCCUGUCCUGACCUGAUGAUUGACAGCUGUCACUGCACCUCCGAGAGAUCAAAGGCGUUUAACAGACAGAGUGUGCGCGUGAAAGUUGUGUGUGACGAUGCGGACCUGAUGGAGACCAUGCAGCCCAACUCUUUACCCAACACAACAGUGUCACUAAUCCUGAGCAACAAUAAGAUCUCCGUGCUGAACAAUCAUUCUUUCCUCGGUCUGGGCGCUCUAGAGAGACUGGAUCUCAGAAAUAAUCUCAUUAGCAGAAUCGCCAUCGGUGCAUUUCAUGGUCUGUCAACUCUGAAGAGAUUGGAUCUCUCCAACAACCGGAUUGGCUGUUUCUCUCCUGAUAUGUUUCUCGACCUCGGUCGCCUCUCAAAACUGAAUUUGUCUGGGAAUAUUUUCUCCACACUACCGGAGGGGCUGUUCACACACUUGCCUUCCCUGAGAGUUCUGAACUUCGGCUCAGAGUAUCUGUUCUGUGAUUGUCAGCUGCAUUGGUUAAUGUUAUGGGUCAGAACUCACUCAGUACAUUUGGGGAAUGAAACCGUGUGUGCAUAUCCGACCCGUCUGCACGGACUGGAGUUCUGCAGCCUUCACGAACAGCAGCUCACCUGCGAUGGUCCUCUGGAGCUCCCCGUCCUGCAGCUUAUACCGUCUCAGAGACAGCUGGUGUUCCGCGGUGACCGUCUGCCCCUUCAGUGCACAACCUCUUACCUCGACCCAUCUUUUAAACUGUCCUGGAUUCACGAGCAGCGUCCCGUACACACACUGGAGGAGAGAGGCGUGUUUGUCGAAGACAGCAUCAUUCAUGACUGUUGCCUCAUUACCAGUGAGCUCAUCCUGUCCAACAUUGAUGUCCGUGUUUCCGGUAAUUGGCAGUGCCAUGUGACCAGUUCCCGUGGAAACAGCUCAGUCGGCAUGGAGAUUGUGGUGUUGGACACGUCUGCGGUAUACUGCUCUGCCGAGAGGGUCAGUGGCAACAAGGGGGACUACAGGUGGCCGAAGACAUUAGCUGGAUUCAUUGCGUUCCUGCCGUGCGCGGUAUCCAGGUUUAGCUCCGCCCCUCAGGAGAAGAGGGCGUGGCGCAGGUGUGACCGCACAGGCCGAUGGGCAGUGGAUGACUAUAACCAGUGCUCUUACGCAAGUGAGUUUACCCGUGGCCUGCAUGAGCUCACACAGACACCAGUGAACGUCUCUAAUGCUCUGGCUUUGGCGCAGCAGCUCUCGUUUUUCACCAGCAGGGCAGCGCUCUUUGGAGACAUGAUGGAUGUCAUAUUCGUCACACACCUUGUAGAAAGAAUCACACGCCUGGUGGAUCAUAUAAGUGAGUUGGGUGAUUACGUGUUUGACAUCGCGAGUAACAUGAUGCAGGUGGAGGAACAUGUCCUUUGGAUGGCUCAGAACGAAGCUCGUGCAUGUACGCGCAUCGUCCAGUGUGUGGAACGCAUCGCAGAUCUCGCACUUAACACAGAAACAACUGUCAUCUCUAAGGUCUCUCCUAACAUCGCUCUGGAGGCGUUUAUAAUCAGACGGGCCGGUGUAACGGGUUUAUUGUGUACCGUGGUGCAGCGUCCCCCUGUGACGGAUGCUGGACAAAGCGAGAACCAUAGUGGUACCAAGUCAGAGCAGAAAACCCUCCUAAAGUUCAGAUGUCACACUGUGAAUGUCUCGGGGUCACCCAUGGGUCAGCUCAGCCAGAACACGGUGGCCAUCGCAUCCAUUCAUUUACCGCUGGCUGUUUCUCAAUCUGUGGAUAACUCCACCUGCAAGCUGCAGUUGAUCGUCUUCCGCAAUGGGAAGCUCUUUCCUUGCACGGGGAAUUCGUCAAAUCUUGCGGAUGAUGGGAAGCGCAGGAGCGUUUCGACACCAGUUGCGUUCACCAAAUUAGAUGGGUGUAGCCCCGGGAGCCCCGUGCAGCCGGUUACUGUCGCUCUCCGGCACUUCUCGCGGGGAGUAGACCCCACCGCAGCCUACUGGGAUUUUGAUCUGCUCGAUGGACACGGCGGCUGGCGGGCGGAAGGGUGCCACAUAACGGGCUCCGGACACAACACGACCACCAUCCACUGCGCACACCACAACAACCUCGCAGUGCUCAUGGAUCUGAAGAAGGUGUUGUCGUUUCCUCCGUAUCCGGCGAAGUUCCUGCCGGUGGUGUACGCCUGCACUGCUGUCAUGCUGCUCUGCCUCUUUGCCUCCAUCAUCACCUACAUAGUGCACCACAGCACGAUCAGGAUCAGUCGGAAGGGAUGGCACAUGCUGCUGAACUUCUGCUUUCAUACGGCGCUGACGUUUGCCGUGUUCGCCGGAGGCAUCAACCGAAUCAAGUACCCCAUCAUCUGCCAGGCCGUGGGCAUUGUGUUGCAUUACUCCUCUCUGUCCACUCUGCUCUGGUUGGGUGUGACGGCACGAAACAUCUACAAAAAGGUGACAAAGAUACAGCAGCAGCAGCAGGACACAGACCACACACCUCCCCACCCCCCCACAUCACCCAUACUGAGGUUUUAUUUAAUCGGUGGAGGCGUUCCCUGCAUUGUGUGUGGCAUUACAGCUGCCAUCAACAUUGAGAACUACGGCAGCGGGGAGCAGACUCCAUUCUGUUGGAUGGCGUGGGAACCCAGUCUAGGUGCGUUCUAUGGGCCUGUCGCCUUUGUCGUCCUGGUAACCUGCAUCUAUUUCCUGUGCACCUUUAUCCAGCUGCACAAACACCCCGAGAGGAAGUACGAGCUGAAGGUGAUGACUGAGGAGCAGCAGCGGCUGGCUGACGUUGCACACUGCCACCACCAGGGGGAGCCUGGGGUAGCAGAAGGUGAUGGAGGGCACUGCCACGCAGGCUGCCCGGUACUGAUUAACCCUUCGCUGUUGGCCAACGAGCACUCGUUCAAGGCACAGCUGCGGACUGCUGCGUUUACUUUGUUUUUGUUUAUAGCAACGUGGACGUUCGCCGCAUUGGCUGUUUCGCAGGGUCACUUCCUGGAUAUGAUCUUUAGCUGCCUGUACGGCGCAUUUUCCGUGACACUUGGGUUGUUCGUUCUCAUCCACCACUGCGCCAAACGCGACGACGUGUGGCACUGCUGGUGCGCAUGCUGUCCUGGGCAUCGCCCCAAAGCCUGUCAGGGUCACGGACAUGCCCACGGGCGGCCCAAAGUCAACGUAAAUGGCGACACACACAGUCACUGCCAUUUGGACAAAUCACUUCUGAGCCACUCGCACUGCCACGCCGCCACCGGCCUUUGUAAGCAGAGCGGGCAGAAUCAUGUGACCUGCCUGACCCCGGUUUCACCAUGCUGCGCCGCCUUGCACACUCAACAGCUACUGGAGGAUGAUACGACCUCUCACGUUCUGCUCCACACUGUCCCGGAGGGACACAGACCAGCUGUGCACCUGCACCGCUGCUUAAAGCCCGCCAGGACUAAGGCGAGGCGCCACCGGGCCAUGGCAGCAGGUGAACGGGAGCUAACCUUCCGCAUCCCCUCCAGUGUGGACGGUGGAAGCGCGCACAGCUCUCGCUCAAACAGCCCGAACAGCCUGCACGAGCACCAGGGUCACAUUUGCCACCUGGCACAUGAAGGGCACCACGUUUGCCACCACGAGGCUCCCAUUUGCCGUGCCGCACUUUGCCGUCACCACAUGUGCUGUGCCAAGGACAAGCUUUUAUGCCAGCCCGAGACAGGCGAGACUGGGACGUUCCUGUGUGGAUGUGGGAAGAUAGGCGAGGAUGAGCUAUUGCCGCCCCAUCGUGCCCACAUUGAAAUGCACGCCCGCAGACAGUCCUACCCCCAGAAUCUGCCCAAUCAGAAUGGCAUUCUCAAAGGAAGUGUUCACGAGGGUCUUCUCUACCCUUCAGACACUACAGGGAAUAUACGCACAGGACCCUGGCGAAACGAAACUACCGUGUAGUUUAAGAACUCUUCUUGUGGUGAACUGAACCGCAAUCCCUAGGAUUAAUGAAAGGAAAUUUUAAAGUGUCUUGUUUAGCACUGUCAUACGUUUAAUUAGCUCUGUCUUGCAUUAUUCAUUGUACAGGAAGUUAACAAUGGCUCCUCAGAUAUUGCAGUGAAACAAAUUUUUUUUUUUAACCUUUUCAGCAUUAGAACUAGAGCACAUACACCACAUGGCCAAAAGUAUGUUGACGACCCCUUCUAAUGUACACCCACGAAUAAAACUUGUUCAGCCAUCUUGGUUCCGUCAGUAUUUUUCCCAUUCAUUUCUUCAAUAGGGAGUUGCUACCAAAGUUACCAAACCAACCAGCUCCGAGGUGAAUCACAACAUUACAAACUUUGAUUUGAAGAAAAAACUGUAUUUGAAAACCUGACAAAAAGUACAAGACUGCGUAACGUCUUUAAUAAGUGAAUGAACUACAAUCCCAUGAAGCGUUGCGAAUGAGGUAAUCAAAUACAAAACAUAGAAAUGUAUCGUGGAAUUAGGAUCGUGGGUAAUGUAGUUCUUCACCAGGAAUUGAAGAAUAGUUGAAAUAACAUGGACUGGUGGCUUCAACAGAAGCAUAUACCAUUGAUUAAAUACCUCGGAGCUCACGGUAGGUCUGUCUUUCAUGGUUUAUUAGUGACCGUUAAAAAUCAAUUCUCCCAUGGGAAAAAAUGUAUGGGAUAUUUACUUCCCGAACCAGACUGUUGUGCUCUCUCAAUGCUAAUGGUUUUAAAAUUAAAUGUUCAACAAGCACAUCACUCCUGAUUUUAAAAGGGAUUGCCAAUCCCAAAAAUGUGUAAUGUGUUCUUGGCCAUUGUUUGCAUACUGUACUAUUACAGGUUACCAUAUUUAUCAUACAGUGUUUGUGCAAAGAAUAUUGGAUGCUUGAAUGUAUGCAAAUGCAGUCAAGUUUAUGAUGAAAAGAAAUUUUUUUUUUUAUAAAGGUUUAUAUUCAUAGACGUAUUUGACCAUCCCACAAAUGUCCAAAUCAUUUGAAAAGUAGAAAAACUCUUAAAAGGAAUGCUUACCAGCAAUGUUACACCCUCCAUGGUCCAGAAACUAAAAAUGUUUGAUAUAUACUGUGAAUAGCGACAUGUGAAAUCUUAGUAAUGCACAAAUAAGUCCUGCUUCUGUCUGAAUUCUGUUCCGCCAUUUGAAAUUUUAGCGUAAACAAACAAGUUCUGUUCCAAAACCUAGUGAGCUGGCUACGUAGACAGCAUUUUAAAGUAUCAUAGGUGCUCCUCCAAUGUGAAGGCUGUAGUGUUGCUUUUGAGUCCAGGUCAAGUCUGAGUCUUUAAAUGAUCGAGUCAGAGUCAAGUCCGAGUCUUUAAACAAUCGAGUCCGAGUCUUUAAACUAUCGAGUCCGAUUCAAGUUUGAGAUUUUAAACAAUCAAGUCCGAGUCAAGUCCGAGUCUUUAAACAAUCGAGUCUGAGUCAAGUCUGCAUCUUUAAACAAUUGAUUUCCAGUUUAUUCAGAGUCUUUAAAUGAUCAAGUUCGAGUCUUUAAACAAUCGAGUCUGAGUCAAGUCAGAGUCUUUAAACAAUCGAGUCAGAGUCAAGUCUGCAUCUUUAAACAAUUGAUUUCCAGUUUAUUCAGAGUCUUUAAAUGAUCAAGUUCGAGUCUUUAAACAAUCGAGUCUGAGUCAUGUCCGAGUCUUUAAACAAUCGAGUCUGAGUCAAGUCAGAGUCUUUAAACAAUCGAGUCAGAGUCUUUAAAUUAUCAAGUCCGUGUCUUUAAACAAUCGAGUCUGAGUCACAUCCGAGUCUUUAAACAAUCGAGUCUGAGUCACAUCCGAGUCUUUAAACAAUCAAGUCCAAGUCAUGUCCGAGUCUUUAAACAAUCGAGUCUGAGUCAAGUCAGAGUCUUUAAACAAUCGAGUCAGUCUUUAAAUUAUCAAGUCAGAGUCUUUAAACAAUCGAGUCUGAGUCACAUCCGAGUCUUUAAACAAUCGAGUCUGAGUCACAUCCGAGUCUUUAAACAAUCAAGUCCAAGUCAUGUCCGAGUCUUUAAACAAUCGAGUCUGAGUCAAGUCAGAGUCUUUAAACAAUCGAGUCAGUCUUUAAAUUAUCAAGUCAGAGUCUUUAAACAAUCGAGUCUGAGUCAUGUCCGAUUCUUUAAAUGAUCGAGUCCGAGUCAAGUUCGAGUCGUUAAACAAUCGAGUCAGUGCCUUUAAAUGAUCGAGUCUGAGUCAAGUCCAAGUCUUUAAACAAUCGAGUCCGAGUCUUUAAACGAUCGAAUCCGAGUCAAGUCCGAAUCUUUAUACAAUUGAGUCAGAGUCAAGUCUGAGGCUUUAAACAAUUGAGUCCGAGUCUUUAAACAAUCGAGUCCGAGUCUUUAAACUAUCGAGUCCGAGUCAAGUUUGAGAUUUUAAACAAUCAAGUCCGAGUCUUUAAACAAUCGAGUCUGAGUCAAGUCUGAGUCUUUAAACAGUUGAGCCAAAGUCUAGUCAGAGUCUUUAAACAACUGAGUCUGAGUCAAGUCUGAGACUUUAAACAGUUGAGCCAAAGUCUAGUCAGAGUCUUUAAACAAUUGAGUCUGAGUCAAGUCUGAGACUUUAAACAGUUGAGCCAAAGUCUAGUCAGAGUCUUUAAACAAUUGAGUCUGAGUCAAGUCCGAAAAAAUGUAACGUUAACUUAACAUCAAUAUUUUAAGCCUAACCCCACUCAAACAUAGACUAAAGAAAGUGAAAGUUGCGAUAGUUAUUACAACCAGAGUUGUUAUUAUUUUGAAUUUUAAUUUAAAAUGAUGGGUGAAAUAUAUGUAAUUAAUUAAUUAAUUAAAUUAAUGCAUUUAAUACAUGGUCAUAUUAAAACAUUUAAUGCCCAUAUAAUUAAAUAGAAAAAAAAACAGAAAAGAUCAGACGCCAAUAGAAAUGUAUAUUUAUUCUACUACACUUCACACUUUUCAGUCCUCCUGCUGUGACCAAGUGUAGCUUACAUCCCUAAAGUCAAGAUCAAACUCACCUUGGGCUGACAUUUCAUUCUUUUCACGUUAUAUUUAGUUUGGAUAAUAGGUGAAUAGAGAUUUCUCCCUUCACUUGUGUUCGUCAUUGUAUUUUCUGACUUUUUUGGCUUUGAAAUGCAAAUGCCAGCUUUACAGGUAACACACAGAGGUUGCACCACAAAUAUGUGACGGUCUGAGUCGCACAAUUUCCAUCAUGGUCUCCAUCUCAUCCGUCAUAUUAGUUUAAAUGUCCCUGAUCCCAAACAUAUUUGAUUUGUCUCGAUAGAGUCAGCAAGACGACUCACGAGGUUUUGGAACAGCAUUAGAGUGUCUCUCUAGUUGUUCAGAUCUGUGCUGAUUCUGUUUCUAUGGUGAAUCACUGUCCUGUCGUCAAGGAGACGUUGUUUGUACAAGAACAUCAAUAUUGUGUCAUCUGCUAUUAGAAGACUGAUAAUAAUUGGAUUAAUUUUAUAAUAACUAAUAUAAAAGAUCAUGUGCUGUAGCAGACGGGUCUGUUUAACGUCUCAAACUGCUGAAGAAAAACUCAUGCAUAUCACAAUCCUCGCUGAAUAAAACCACCGAUUGUGACCCGCUCUGAUGGUUCAUUCCUAAAAAUCAUGCAUGUGAUCAGCUGACAUGAGUUCUUCAUGUCGUAAAUCAUUUCAUAUUUGGAAAGGUCACAGAGAUGAUAGUGAAUCUCAUGAAACCUGUCUAGGUCUCAUUUCACCCGAAAUCAUAAGAGGGGAAAAAUUUAUAUAAAUGUGAGGGAGCGUGUGUGUGUAUGUGUGUGUGUGUGUGUGUGAGAGAGUUUGUGUGUGUGUGUGAGAGUGUGUGUGUGUGUGUGUGUGUGUGAGUGAGAGAGUUUGUGUGUGUGUGUGAGAGAGUGUGUGUGUGUGUGUGUGUGAGUGAGAGAGUUUGUGUGUGUGUGUGAGAUUGUAUGUGUGUGUGUGUGUGUGUGAGUGAGAGAGUUUGUGU